UUUAUAAAUGUUACACAUCUACUUACACCACGUUUUUAAUUAAAACAACCACGUGCUCGUUGAUCAGCGACAUCGUAAAGAUGGCUUUCUUCGACAUGAAUUUGUUUGGCCCUAGUAUCACAUCUUUAAUUUCCCUUUCAAUUGCUUUGGUGGUCUACCUUUUUGGUAAACAACCCGAUCCAUACAUGGAUGAAAUUUUCCACAUUCCCCAAGUGCAGAAAUACUGUGCUCAUCGUUUUGACGAAUGGGAUCCGAUGAUCACGACCCUGCCUGGCUUGUACUUUUGUUCCUGGGCUUUCAUGGAAAUUCUUGCAGUGUUCUUUCAUCAGGAUGUAAAGAUAAUGUGCAUGCCCUUGUUCUUGAGGAUGGUAAACGUUAUUUUUAAUUUUGGCAACAUUUGGGUCAUGUAUCGCAUUGUUAGAAAAUUGGACGAAAUGAAUCCGAAAAAUACACCCACACACUCCCAGAGUGAACACGUUCAAAACUUGGCUACCACUAACUCAAAUGAUGCUGAAAGUUGGCAAAAGUUUUACCAUAUGGCAAGUGGAAUUACUCUUGGAAUGUUUCCUCUAUUGUUUUUCUUUAUGUUUCUCUACUACACGGACAAUGGUUCUACAUUUUUUGUCCUGCUCAUGUACUACCUAAGUCUUGGAGACUAUCAUGUUCUGGCAGCCAUUAUUGGAAUGUACGCAUUCUUCUUUAGACAAACUAACAUUGUGUGGGUUAUAUUCACAGCUGGAGUGACUGCUGUUCGAAUGUAUGAGCCUUAUGUUUUGAGAAAACUUGGCCCUCGGGCUAAUGAUUCUUUGAACAUUGUAUUGGAGUUUGUUAAGCAGCUUUUUGUAAAUAUGAAAGCAACAGUCCAUGUUCUGUGGCCAUAUGCUUUAGUUAUGCUGUUUUUCAUUACAUUUCUCAUAGUUAAUGGUGGAAUUGCAGUCGGUGACAAAAAUCAUCAUAAAGUUUGCUUCAACUUUCCACAGGUAUUUUAUUUUGCAUGUUUUGCAUCAUUUUUUGGAUUUCCUCAUCUUUCAUCGCCUGCUGUCAUCUACAAUACGUUUCUCUACUUCAUUGGUUUGAACCAACGGCGUUAUUACUCAACAAUUACUGUUUUGGUUUGUGUGGUCCAUUACUUGGUAAAAAAUUUCACUUACGUUCAUCCGUACUUGCUGGCAGAUAACCGCCAUUAUUCAUUCUACAUUUGGAAGAACAUUUAUUUGACCUAUCCGGAUGCAAAGGUUGGUCUUAUUCCUGUUUAUAUUGUUGCGACAACCAUGAUAUUUGUGGCAAUUAAUCAAUCAAGGCUUUGGAAGAUUGUGUAUGCAGUGUGUGUUGCCAUGGUGCUUAUUCCACAAGGACUGCUGGAGUUCAGAUAUUUUAUCAUACCAUAUCUUAUGUUCCGACUGCAUGUGAGGACACCACCUUUGUGGAUACUUGGUGGAGAAUUUUUGAUAUAUGCCUGUAUUAACUAUUUUACAUUAUGGAUGUUUUUGAAUAAACCUUUCAAAUGGCCAAAUUCUGAUGAUGUGCAGCGAUUCAUGUGGUGAUUUUGCUAACUUUGUCCAUACUCCAUGCAUAGCACUUGUGGUAGAUGGAAGAUGCACUAUCAGUAUUGUUUACAGUUGGAUAAAUUACAAUUAUGUGCUAGUUGGUAGUUGAUUUGUAUAUGAUUGAAUUUUGCAGUGGAAAACAUCAGGGAGAAUUGGGGGUCAAAGCCCCAACCCCACCAAUAAUUUUGACAGACUAAAAAUCUAUCACCAAAUUAUAUUGCAAAUGUCAUUUUUAUUAUAAUGUAACUGUUGCAUUAAAUAAUGACUGUUUGAUAGACUUCUGUUCUAAACAUGUCUCAGCAUGCACAUUAAACCUUCUUGACUUUUUUGUUCUGGAUAGAAUGUUCUGGGAAAUCUCUUAUCUCGGAGAUGACCCCCCUCCCCCCAAUAUUUCAUUACAUCUCUGCCACUGGAGUUUCAGUUAGCUAUCUCAAUGUUCUCAUUGGUCAGAAAAUACAAAUGACUGGCUGUAAUCACAUGAUGAGAUAUGCUGUUUUUCCCCAUGCUGUGUCAAAUGUAGUUCACAGAAAGAAAUUUGAAUUGUAAAUAGCUUAUUAGCUUUAACUAUGUAGUAAUUACAAAGAUUAAUCAAAAGACUAAAAUAUAACCAAUUGAAUUGUCA